GUCAACGAAUUUUCAGUCUAAAUGAUUCAUAAAUGCCCUUACAUCGAUGACUCUCAAGAGGUUGCGUGCAAGCAACCAAGGCAAUGGGAAGAUGCCGUCGACUUAGUUCCAGAUCCUCAAAUUUCUGGUAAAUGGGAGGACAUUUACAGUAAUUGCCAAGAUAAAGGUAGUUUCGCUGAAGAUCAAUGUAACAAUGUAUUAACUGGAACCGGUAACGAACUUGAAAGUAGUACCUCUGGUUUUGUUUCUCAUUUUUGGUGGGUAAACAGCACUGGGAUAGAUGCAAAUGAUGAUCAAGAGGUGGCAGUUCAUCUUCCGUUGUUUCCGGAAUAUUUUGUGUCGGGGCGCCGAAUUCAGGAUCUUCUUCAUUCUAAUGAGAUCUAUCAAUCUAUUCUUUCUCCUCGAAUGCUAGUUUCUGUUGGACCAGAACAUCAAGCUGAUAUCCCAGAAUGGAGCCAACAGGAUCCAAAGAACUCUACAGAUUUUCUAGAUAUGUCAGAUCCUCAAGUUGCCCUUAGAUCAUCAUGUGCAGGCCUUAUGGUAAACGAUGAUUACGGGAAUAAGAUGAUAGGUUACUGUGUCAUGCCAAUGCCUGAUUCUGAAGCAACUGCAAAGUUCCAGUGUGAAGAUGGGGGACACAGAACUGAAUGUGAAUGCCUUGAUCAGGGUUCUAUCAGAUGCGUUAGACAACAUGUAAUGGAAGCGAGAGAGAAACUAAGAGAGAAUCUUGGCCAAGAAAUAUUCAGGGAGAUGGGUCUCUGUGAUAUGGGGGAGGAAGUUGCUAAAAGAUGGACUGAAGAGGAAGAACUGGCAUUUUAUAAUGUUGUCCUCUCCAACCCUGUGUCAAUGGGUAAGAAUUUCUGGGAUCAUCUUUCUGCUGUUCUCCCUUCCCGUGCAAAGGAGGACUUCAUUCGUUAUUAUUUUAAUGUCUUUAUGCUCAGAAAACGGGCUCAGCAGAACCGCAAUGACCCCUUAAAUGUUAAUAGUGAUGAUGAUGAGUGGCAGACUACUGAAUAUGGAAUUCAAGCAGAGGAUGACAACUCUGUCGUGGAAUCUCCAAUUGGUCAAGGAAACGCCGCACAUUUUGGACACAGCCAUGAGCAAGAUGGUCACGAGGACAUUGAAGAUGACGAUGUGGAGGGGGUUGGUUCUUCUGAAAAUGUUGUUGGUGACAUCUGUAGUGCUGCAACCAAUGAAGAAGACAAGGGAGAAAUAGAUAAAAUUUCAAGGCGACAAGUAGAAAGUCUAGGAGUUUGUUCAGUCUUUGUAAUUUGGCUCUUGUGA